GUACCUCGGUCUGGUGGAGGUAGAGGAGUCCAGAGGGAUGCAUGUGUGCGAAGAAGCAGUGAAAAAACUGAAAGUGAGUGGGAAAAAAACUGUCAAGGCAGUGCUUUGGGUGUCUGCCGAUGGCCUGAGAGUAGUGGACGACAAAACCAAGGACCUCAUUGUUGACCAGACCAUUGAGAAGGUGUCCUUCUGCGCACCUGACCGUAAUUAUGAUAAGGCAUUCUCCUACAUCUGUCGUGAUGGAACGACUCGCCGCUGGAUGUGCCACUGCUUCAUGGCCUUGAAGGACUCGGGCGAACGUUUGAGUCAUGCGGUGGGAUGCGCCUUUGCUGCUUGCCUUGAGCGGAAGCAACGCAGAGAGAAGGAGUGCGGGGUCACGGCUUCCUUCGAUGCAAGCCGCACAUCGUUUGUGAGGGAAGGCUCCUUCCGCGUCUCCUCUGCUGGACAGCAAAGUGACCUGGAGGACAUCAUGAAACAACUGCAGGACAAAAAGAAAGAAGCAUGCAUCAUUUCUGCAGUGCCUCCUGGAAAUGCUUCUCCUCCAGAGGGAGCGGCUUCACCGGGGGAGCGAGUGGAGCCAGGCGGGCCUCACGCCAUCCCACGCCGCCACGCUCCUAUCGAGCAGCUGGUGCGGCAGGGCUCUUUCCGUGGCUUUCCACAACUUAGCCAGAAGAACUCACCUUUCAAACGGCAGCUCUCACUACGCUUGAAUGAUCUCCCAUCAACCCUGCAGCGCAAGACGGACUUCCAGACCAAGAACCCAGUUCCAGAGAUGGAUCUAUCAGUGGUAGGAGAGGCGGACAGCUUAAACGCUCUGUGCAGCCAAAUCAACAGCUCUUUCACCAAACCAUCUGAGGAUCUGUGUGCCAAAGCCACCAGCAACUGCUUACCAGUUUACAGCGCUCCACCUGCCAUUCCUCCUCCACCUGCUCCACUGCAAGCUACAAACUCAUGGGUUCAGACAGAGCCUGCUGUGCAGUCCCCUCCACCCGUUCCUCAGGGUGGCCACAAACGAACCCCGUCCGAAGCAGAACGCUGGCUGGAGGAGGUGACUAAAGUGGUGAAAGCCCAGCAGCAGACUCCACCAACCCUACCACCACCACCCACUCAGCAACCUCCGCCCAUGCCCAUCGCACCCGGGUCCCUCCCCUCCUCCAUGCAACCGUUCCCAAUGGCUUUUGACGUCACUCCUGCGCCCGUAGGCAUGUUCGCUCAACAGCCUCUUCAACCGGCUUUUGUACCUAUGCAGCCAUACAUGGCCAACAGCAUGACCUAUCCCAAUGCCAGUGUGCCCGUGGUGGGCAUCACACCAUCGCAGAUGGUGGCUAAUGUAUUCUGCACUGCGGCCGGAACAGGGGGUGGUGGAGUGGUGAUGGGGGUCGGGAUGGGGCCGAAGAUGGGAACGCUUGUUGGUGGCCAACAAUCGGCUUUCCCCACCCUGUCCGGAGGCUUCCCAACCACCACGUUCACCUCUCCUCCAACCGUCAACGGCCACACGCAUAACUCCUUUCCAUCAACGACCAUGACUACAAGUGUCACGCAAAACGGUAGUACCGUAAAAAGUGGUACUGGUUGGCCGAUGGAGAGUCUGAAUCCGAAUCCCACGUGCAGUUCCCAGGAAGCAGAGCAUUUUGAUGCAAAGUGGGCUGCUCUGGAGUCCAAAUCGCAACCGAAGGCGCAAAACCCUUUUUCGAAUGACUUACAAAAGACUUUUGAGAUUGAACUAUAAUCUUAAGGAGACUCUGAAAGAGGCUGAACUAUUUCAUACCCCAUUCCCCUUCCCCUUUUUUUUGUCUCCUAAAGGAUUUUCUUAUGCUCCUGGUCUGUUUGAGGGCAUUGGUUGUUGUAAGAGAUCAUUUGGGUGCAUUUUGCGUCAUUUCGAGAAUCAGACUCAAGAUUUGGAGAAUUGAAAGGCCGUCACAACAUGUUUGGCACUUACAAGACAGCUUGAAAGAGAAACCUGCACAGUACUUUCACCAGUAAUGACCCAUGCUUGGAAAAUGAAUGAUUUUACCUAAAGGAAAUACUGAAAUUAGGGGAUGGUCGAAAUUUAUUUAUUGUUUUCCCUUAUUUAUUUAUAUUGAACAGGGUGAAGGAUUACAGGUGGAAUAAAUUGACUACUUGACAAUUGAUUCACCAAAUGAUAGAUGAAAUAAUUAGUUACAUUAUCUUGAGUUUACAUUGUGGUGUAAAUAGCAUGCUUUCGGUUUACUUUAUUGAUUGCCUAUUUCUGUUGCCAUUUAAUUUCAUUAAUUCCAAAUGAACCAUUGAAGCAUCCACUCUGAACCAAGUGGAUACCAAAAGUUCCACCAACAGGCACAUUCCAAUCCUGAAUAUACAAUCGAGACCCAACAUGCAAUGGAAAACUAGACCGAAAUGCCACUGUAGUGACCUUGACCUCUGGUUAUUAACCUUUUAGAAAACAUUUGGAACAUUUCUGAGGUUUAUAGUUUUAUUUUUAUAAUCCGUUUAGCCAGACCUGUUCAAAUAUAUGAAUUUGGUCGACCUUAACAUUAUCUUCAAUGGGUUCAUGGGGCUUCUCAAUUGUUAAGAAUGAAUUUCAGAAACUCUGUGACCAUGCUAGGAUGGUAAAAUGACCAAAUGUAUUAGAAUGGGUGGUUGUGAAGAGCAAGUGUAAGAAAAUAUUAGAAAAAGGUUAAAGAUGGAGGUUAUAGUGUUCGUUUUUUGCAAGCAAUGGAACGACUACAUGGACUCUUAAAGGGACAGAGUCCCUUUCAUGCAUGCUUAAAAUAUCCCAUAUUACAGUAUGUUAAAACAUUGCAUAUGCAUAUUAGCCUUGGCUUUUGUUUCUUAUCACCACUUUUUCACUCGCUCUGGUCUAAGAAAAGGAAUAAUUGUCUUUAAUUGCAGGCGAAUAAUGUCACACACUCUACAUAAUAAGAUCUCAUGCAGUUAUUGUAAAAAUAGAUUUGGAUCCUGCUCAUUCAAGAGGUUCAUAUGUUCCCAACAUGGAGCGUGUAGGCACAUUUAUCGUUCAAUAAUGCUCAAUGGUUGUAUUUUAGUUUUCUUUGGAAAAUGUUAUCCAAGUGUACGAAAAGAUGCUGAAUGAUCUUUCUGGAGUGUGUGGAGCCUGAAGGUGUCAAAGCUAGAUGAUCAAAGUCAGACUGCACACUGUGCUCGGUGAGGUGAACAAAAACACUCUUCCUGUGGAGAUUUAAUAGCAGUGGACAUUCAAGGCAGGCACAAUGUUUUAACUCCUGUUUCAAAAAGCCAUUUUGACCGUCAUGUGUUAUAACUUGACCUCCCGGUUUUCUUAUCAAUUGUUUAUUACAGGAUCAAGCGGGUCUAUUGUGCACAAUGAAUCUAAAAAUAGUCAUUUUUCCAAAGACAAUGCAUUUGUAAUUUGGCCAAGCGAUAUGUUGUAUGGCGUCAAACAGAUGAAUCUAUUAUACUCGAUUGCCCUGGCUCUUUUUGUUCACACUCUCCCCUUGACAAAAUCUAGGUUUUUCAAAACCAGGGAACUAAAUUACCUCAUGAAGUUGAUUGUAAACUUUAAUGUAGUGAUAACAAACCAGUGGAGAUUAUUUUUAAUCUUUAUUUACAGAAUUUUGUAUUUAAACCUACAUAUUUCUAUUGUAAUUACAUUGUAUAAAAGAUAAAUAAAUAAUAUAAUAUAAACAAUGGUACCUUUGUUGGAUCAAGACCCC